ACAAUGUAAUGACAUGCCAUUUACGUUAUGUCACAAAUUACUUUAGGAAAAAUACUUCAUUUGCAAGAUUUUUUGCGUACUUGAAAUCAGUGAGGAUUUGGGUUCGGUAUCCAGCUCAGGUUUUUGUUUUAGAUUCUGCAAAUAUAAGUGAUAUACACAAAGUGAGAAUUCAGGCUGACUAUGGCGCUAUGCUAAGAUCAAAAACACAAGAUGUAAACAAGGCAGUAAGCAUCCAAAAGUACAGACGUAUCUAACCCCAAACAUUAGAACUGCAGUGGAACCAUAAUAGAACUAAGCCACCGAGCGAGCGUUACGCCAAGGCAGGCGCAGUGAAAGCCGGAGUGCGCGCACAGCGGUCGCGUCGCUAGUUGUCAUGUGUGUGUUGAGUGCCGGCAUAGCUGUUUAAAGAUACACUAUAUUGACACCGGAUACUGAAUUUUGAAAAUGGAUUCAAAUAUGAACAUAAUGACCACAGAGAAAAUGGACUCCUACCAAAAACACAUGGAGCUUCUUAACGGGAACGACCCUUCAGCUAUCAACCUAAACGAAAUUGGGAACUGCGAGCGCCUGGAAGAUGCCACCUCCAUCGCCAGUUACUACGAAGGCUCCGUGAUUCUGGUGACAGGAGGCACCGGGUUUGUCGGCAAGGCACUGCUGGAGAAACUCCUGAGGAGUUGUCCAGGGAUCGAGAUUAUAUAUGUUCUCAUGAGGCCCAAGAGAGGGCUGACGGUAGAACAGAGGUAUAAAGAGCUGCUGAAGAAUCAGGUUUUUGACCGCAUCCGGCUUCGCUGGCCAGACCGCCUUACCAAGCUCCAUCCCAUCACCGGCGAUGUCUCUGCCCCUGGUCUUGGCGUCAGUCCUGAACAGCGUGUAUUGCUCGGUGAUGUCACAACUCUGUUCCACUCAGCCGCCACAGUGAGGUUCACAGAGCCCCUGCAUGCAGCAACGGCGUUGAACGUGCAAGGCACAGCGUCGCUGCUAAAGCUGGCUCAGGAUAUGCCCAAGUUGAAGGCUUUAGUCCACGUCUCCACGGCCUACAGUAACGCCCCUCGCCAUCACAUAGAGGAGCGCGUAUACCCACCACCCUACGAGCCCGACAGCAUUAUCAGGUGUGCGAAGAUGCUCCCUCAAGAGACCGUGGAAGCCAUCGCCGGCAGUCUGCAGGGAGAUCAUCCAAAUCCAUACACAUUGACGAAGGCGUUGGCAGAAUCUAUAGUGUACAGCCACACAGAUCUGCCUGUCUGCAUUGUACGGCCUUCUAUUGUGACAGCUGCUCAUCAAGAACCAUUCCCAGGAUGGAUCGACAACAUUUACGGAGUUACUGGAAUCAUUAUGGAGAUAUCGAGAGGAACGUACCGAUCAGGGUAUUGCCGGGAGCGGUACGUCGUGGACCUGGUACCCGUCGACAUGGUGGUGAACUCCUGCAUCCUCGCCGCUUGGAGGCAGGGUGCUAAGCAGCCUGGUCGCUGCCCGGUAUACAAUGUGACCUCUGGUUCAAUAAACCCGCUGCAGUGGGGAGAGUUCACCAAGCUCUGCAUAAAGUGGGCCCGAGAGAACCCGACCAAAUACGUGAUGUGGUACCCCAACUUCUCGUUCACGGAGUCCCGCUUCAUGAACACUUUCUGGGAAGUAACGUGCCAUUUCCUACCAGCUUUCCUUUAUGACCUAUUGUUGAGGGCACAGGGAAGAAAAGCCAUAAUGAUGAAACUCGCACGACGAUUUAAAAUGGCGGCUGCCACGGGUGAAUACUUUGCUAAUAACGAAUGGCAGUUUGGAGUGGCAGAACUCUCUGCAUUACAUAGCGAAGCGAGCUCUGCCCAGGACGGGAGCGUAUUCCCCUUCUGGCCGACCAACUUCUCCUGGGAUUCGUAUAUAGGGGCGUAUAUGUUGGGAAUACGCAGGUUCAUAUUGAAGGAUACCACCGAGUCUUUGCCACAUGCGAGGACUAAAUUGAAAAGAUUAUACUGGGUGCAUCGGCUCUUCCAGGCGGCAACAGGAUAUUACCUGUUCAGACUGCUGGCGGGCCGACUGCGGUAGACCAACUGGCACUGAUUAUAACAUAAUUACUGUACAGUUAUUCAUUGAAGCUGUUGAUUUUGUCGUCAUAAUUAUUGUUUAACCAAAAAUAAUAUCAAUGUACCUGUAUAUAUGACUUAAAAUGAUUUACAGUGUCGCUAAGACAUAAUUAGUCGUCGUUUUCGGCUACCUCUUGUUGGUAAGACAGUUGUUGGUAUUGUGUAUUCAAGCGGAUAGUAAAUGCUAACAGAAUCUGGAAUGUUGCCAUUAUUAUAUAUAAAGUUAUAUGGAUUCGGGGGGAUUUGCUGGGCCACCGACUCUGGCAACCAUAAUUCAGUCAAUUGUAUAAUACUUAAUUUUAUAUAUAGAUCACAAUAAUAAACUAUAUAUGCAUAGCCUGACCAUGAAACUAUAAAGCUUUGUCAUCUUGUGGUAAAAUAUGAAACUAAUUUCUUGUAAUGGCGUCUUUAACAAAAAAAAAAUGCGAAAAUGGCGGACCUAGAGCUUGUUUUUUUUAUUUUUCUAGUCAGGCUAUACGUACAUAAGAUACAUCAGUUGAUACACAACAUAAAUUAAAAUAUAGAUGCCUUUAUUUUAAGUAGGUAGUGGUUUUUUUUAAUCUUAUAGAAUUUAGCCGUUGCCUUGCCUAGAUAUUGGACGGAGAACAUCAAAAAUCAUAGCCUAAGUGAUAUGCUGCCGCUAGAUCAACGAUAAUGAUUUUUUUAUAUUUUUAUUAUGCUGAAUCUUUAACUAAUAAACUAUAAAAAAUAUAAUUAUAAUUAUAAAUGUGGUAGUAAUGAAAUCAACAGCUUUCUUAUUUAAUUAUGUAAAAUAAUGUGAUGAUUAUUGUAAAAAAUGAUUAUUGUUUCAUCACGGAAUAAAGAUUAAGAAUGGUAGUAUCAGAGACCAAAUAAUUAAUAAAUCAAUGUCUGCAAAGAACCGAUUAAGUCGGUUACUUGACAGAAUAAAAUUAUAGUGUAAUGGAACGCAAUUAGCAUGGCGUCACGUGUAUUUUUUGAAAUAUUAUAAUGCAGAAUGCUAAAUAAAGCAGGAAAGUAUAACUGUACCAUAGGACUUAACUACAUAAUAUAUAUUAUAACCUCGGCUAUUGGUAACAAUCCGAAAUUACUUAAAGACCUACUAUGUUUUAGUUGCGUUCUAGCAUAGUAUUAAGUUAUAAGUUGAUUAUAGAUAGUAUAUUCGAUUGAAAUUAAUUAUAAGUACUGGCCAUUUUUACUAUAAAACAAAAAAUAAUGUGUACUAAAAUUCGAAGUUCCAUUUUAAAAUAUAUGAAACAAUAUAAACUAUAAAGUUAAUUUAAUACAUAAAUAACGGAAUGUGGAUUCGUAUGCAGCAAUAUUGAAAGAAAAGUGUGAAAUAGUAAGAAAAUAAUUUACAUUCAACUUAUCAGAAUUUCUCGAUGUUAAUAUUUUAAAAAUAUUAUUUUAUAUUAUAAAUGAUUUAUAUUUGUUGCAGUCAUAUUGUAGAUAAAUAAAUAAGAAUAAAUAUCUGUAAUUAAUUAUUGCACACGGUUAAUUGUAAAAUAUUGGACGUAACGGGUUUUAUAAGCUGCAAUUAUAUGAUUUACUCCUG